AUGCGUGCGGCAAGGAAAAAUAUGGAGAAAACGAACCCUUUGGUCAUAGACAAUCGUGACUUUCUCGACACGUCCGAAACGGCUGAAUUCGUCUUCGAGGUCGCGUUCCUGCGUGCGAAUGCUCAGUCCAAAGACGCCCAAAACGGUAUCGAUAUCGCAAAACACCACGUAAAAAAGGGUCAUCGUACCGCCCCAGAGUCGGAGGAUCCUUACCUCCUCUUGCUGGUCAAGCUCUACCGUUUCUUGGCCAGACGCACCGAUGCACCCUUUAACAAGGUCAUCCUGAAGCGUCUCUUCAUGUCGAAAAUCAACCGACCGCCCAUCUCACUCUCGGGAAUCACAAAGCAAGUGGCUUCAUCUCCAAGCAACGAGGGAAAGAUUGUCGUUGUCGUUGGAACCGUCACAGACGACAUUCGUCUCACCGAAUGCCCUCCCUCGCUCACCGUCGCCGCACUCAGGUUCACUCGCAGUGCCAAGGAGCGCAUCUUGAAUGCUGGAGGAGAGACCUUGACGCUUGAUCAACUCGCCACUCGUGCACCCACCGGUACUGGAACUCUGCUCCUCCGCGGAAAGAGGAACACUCGUGAGGCCGUCAAGCACUUUGGCAUGGGCCCCCACAAGCACAAGAAGCCAUACACCAUCUCAAAGGGUCGCAAGUUCGAGAGGGCUCGUGGACGAAGAAAGUCGCGUGGCUUCAAGGUCUAA